UUCCCAAAACACUCCUACUCCAAAUAAAGAACACGCUAAGCAAGACCUUUCCCCCUGUCGACCGCCUUCUGGCGAUCUCCUUUACUUUUUCUGAGUGUAAUCUAAUUAAUUACUCUUUUAGGUUUCAAGUUAGUAUUUACUCUCCGUGUUGCGAAACGACGUCAGCGUACAAGUCCCUAUCUUCUUUACACCAUGACUGUCAUAACUCCAGCUCCCAUUGAUGUACGUCCUUCCGUCAUUCACUCUGUCUGAUACUCUGUGUAUUUGCGAAUUAUUGGAAUCUUGUUACCCAGUUCAACAAGAGGAUGAAGAGAUGUUGGUGCCGCACUCGGAUUUGGCUGACAAUCACCAGCCAAUGGAAGUUGUGGCACAACCUGAAACUGCAAAUGCUGUGGAAAAUCAGCCAGUGGAGGAUCCUCCGUCAUCUAGAUUCACAUGGAGAAUUGAGAACUUUUCUUGGUUGAAUACAAAGAAGCACUAUUCAGAGAUUUUCAUUGUUGGUGGUUAUAAAUGGCGUGUGCUUAUUUUUCCAAAGGGGAACAAUGUGGAUCAUUUGUCUAUGUAUCUAGAUGUUGCUGAUUCAGGAAGUUUGCCGUAUGGUUGGAGUAGAUAUGCACAGUUUAGCUUGGCCGUGAUUAAUCAAAUUUAUUCCAAGUACUCGGUGAGAAAAGAUACUCAACACCAGUUCAAUGCACGAGAAAGUGAUUGGGGUUUCACAUCCUUUAUGCCUCUUGGUGAACUCUAUGAUUUUAACAGAGGAUAUCUUGUGAAUGAUACCCUGAUAGUUGAAGCUGAGGUUAUUGUUGGUAGGGUUGUAGAUUACCGGACAUAUGACUCAAAAAAGGAGACCGGUUAUGUUGGACUCAAGAACCAAGGGGCUACAUGUUACAUGAACUCUCUUCUACAGACACUGUUUCACAUUCCUAAUUUCCGGAAGGCUGUGUACCACAUGCCAACAACAGAGAAUGAUAUGCCAUCUGGAAGCAUUCCUCUGGCUUUGCAGAGUUUAUUUUACAAGCUCCAGUACACUGAUAGUAGUGUUGCAACAAAGGAGUUGACCAAAUCGUUUGGAUGGGACACAUAUGACUCUUUCAUGCAACAUGACGUACAAGAACUUAAUAGAGUUUUGUGUGAAAAACUUGAGGACAAAAUGAAGGGAACAGUUGUAGAGGGCACUAUACAGCAGUUAUUUGAAGGGCACCAUAUGAACUAUAUUGAAUGUAUCAAUGUGGAUUACAAGUCAACAAGAAAGGAGUCUUUUUAUGAUCUUCAGCUUGAUGUCAAAGGUUGCCGUGAUGUUUAUGCUUCAUUUGAUAAGUAUGUAGAAGUUGAACGUCUUGAAGGUGAUAACAAGUAUCAUGCUGAACAAUAUGGGUUACAGGAUGCUAGGAAGGGUGUGUUGUUCAUUGACUUCCCUCCAGUUCUUCAACUUCAGCUGAAACGAUUUGAAUACGAUUUCAUGCGGGACACUAUGGUGAAGAUUAAUGACUGUUAUGAGUUUCCUCUGCAACUUGACCUUGAUAGAGAGAAUGGCAAAUAUUUGUCUCCUGAAGCUGAUAGGAGUGUUCGCAACCUUUACACAUUGCACAGUGUUUUGGUUCACAGUGGUGGGGUGCAUGGUGGACAUUAUUACGCCUUUAUCAGACCAACUCUUUCUGAUCAGUGGUAUAAAUUUGAUGAUGAAAGGGUAACAAAAGAAGAUACAAAAAGGGCAUUAGAAGAGCAAUAUGGUGGUGAAGAAGAGUUGCCACAGACAAAUCCUGGAUUCAACAACACACCGUUUAAAUUUACCAAGUACUCAAAUGCAUACAUGCUGGUUUAUAUACGGGAAAGUGACAAGGACAAGAUAAUAUGUAAUGUUGAUGAGAAGGAUAUUGCAGAACAUCUACAGGAGAGGUUGAAAAAAGAGCAAGAAGAAAAGGAGCACAAGAAGAAAGAAAAGGCAGAGGCACAUCUUUAUACAAUUAUAAAGGUUGCACGAGAUGAGGACCUUAUGGAACAAAUUGGAAGAGAUAUAUAUUUUGAUCUUGUGGAUCAUGACAAAGUCAGGAGUUUCCGCAUUCAAAAGCAGAUAUCUUUUAACCUCUUCAAGGAAGACGUUGCUAAAGAGUUUGGCAUUCCAGUGCAAUUUCAGCGGUUCUGGCUGUGGGCAAAGCGCCAGAACCAUACAUACCGCCCUAAUCGACCGUUGACACCUUUGGAGGAAACACAAACAGUUGGACAGCUGAGGGAGCUAUCAAAUAAGGUUCAAAAUGUAGAGUUGAAGUUGUUUUUGGAAGUAGAGCAUGCACUGGAUUUACGGCCUAUUGUUCCACCUGAUAAGACAAAGGAAGAUAUAUUGCUUUUCUUCAAGCUUUAUGACCCUGAGAAAGAAGAGCUAGGCUAUGUUGGGAGGCUUUUUGUGAAGAGUACUGGUAAGCCAAUCGAGUAUUUGGCAAAACUAAAUGAAAUGGCUGGCUAUGCUCCUAAUGAAGAAAUUGAACUUUAUGAGGAAAUUAAGUUUGAUCCCAGUGUGAUGUGCGAACCCAUUGAAAAGAGAUAUACAUUUCGAGCUUGCCAGCUUGAAGAUGGAGAUAUUGUUUGCUUUCAAAAAUCUCAGACGGUUGAAAAUUCGGAACAAUAUCGUUAUCCAGAUGUUCCUUCAUUUUUGGACUAUGUGCAUAAUCGACGGGUUGUUCACUUCCGAUCUCUUGAAAAGCCAAAGGAGGAUGAUUUCUGUCUAGAGAUGUCAAAGCUUUUUACUUAUGAUGAUGUUGUAGAAAGAGUAGCCCAGCAUUUGGGUUUGGAUGAUCCAUCCAAAAUCAGGCUAACAUCACAUAACUGCUACUCUCAGCAACCCAAACCUCAACCUAUUAAGUACCGAGGCAUUGAUCAUUUGGUGGAUAUGCUGAUUCACUACAACCAGACUUCUGAUAUAUUGUACUAUGAAGUACUUGACAUUCCUCUGCCAGAAUUACAAUGUUUGAAAACUCUCAAAGUAACAUUUCAUCAUGCUAUCAAAGAUGAAGUUAGUAUUCAUACUAUCAGACUACCAAAACAGAGCACUGUUGGGGAUGUUAUUAAUGACCUUAAGACAAAGGUGGAGUUAUCUCAUCCUGAUGCAGAACUUCGGUUGCUAGAAGUUUUCUAUCAUAAGAUCUACAAGAUUUUUCCUCCAAAUGAAAAGAUUGAGAAUAUAAAUGAUCAAUACUGGACAUUAAGGGCAGAAGAGAUUCCAGAAGAAGAACAAUGUCUUGGUCCUCAUGAUCGUCUAAUUCAUGUUUAUCACUUUACAAAAGACACUGCUCAGAAUCAGAUGCAAAUUCAGAACUUUGGUGAACCUUUUUUCUUAGUCAUACAUGAAGGUGAGACUUUGGAAGAAAUAAAAAUGCGAAUACAGAAGAAACUACAGGUCCCUGAUGAUGAGUUUGUGAAGUGGAAGUUUGCAUUCCUUUCUCUUGGUCGCCCAGAGUACCUUCAGGAUUCUGAUGUUGUCUCUAGUCGUUUUCAGAGAAGAGAUGUUUAUGGUGCUUGGGAGCAGUAUCUUGGAUUGGAGCACUCUGACAGUACUCCUAAAAGAUCUUAUGCUUCUAACCAGAAUCGCCACACCUUUGAGAAGCCAGUUAAGAUCUACAAUUAGAAAACUUGUGAAGGUGCACGAAUUUCAUUUACGACUCUAGAUGAAGUGGGUAACCCUCAUUACUGUUUAUAUCUAAAAAUGGGGAAAACAGUGAAAAUUAAAUGAAGCUUGAAAGGUGACAAAUUAAAUGGCUUUGUUGUUGCGUUUAUUGGCGAUGUAAUUCUUUUGCUAGUUUGGAUGGGUGGACUUAUUCCCCUUGUCAAAAUGUGUAUCAUCCAUCUCAAGCUUUUACUUCCGUUUUUAAAUGGAGGUUCCUUUUUGAGUAAUUAACCAGUGUCUUCAUCUUCAGUGUAAUAUAUUAGUACAUAAAACCCUAAAAGAAAGAGAGAGAGAGAGAGAUUUUUGAUUGAUGAAUGUAUACAAGGUAUAGUUUGGUGAUUUAUUCUCGCUUUUCCUUUCCAUAUUCAUGUUUGGUUGUUUAUGUAGAUGGGAUUAUGUAAUGGCUGAUCAGCCACUGUUUGGGAUGCUGCCUCUAGAUUUUUGUAAAAGAAAUCGGCUGGUGCCGCAUUUUCAAUUGCCGUUACAUGGACGCAAGCUUCUAUUUUCCAUUUUGAUAUAUAGAAAUCUUAUGUCAA